AUGGAAAGAAAAGCAGCAGAGUUGCAAAAUUUGACCACUGAGUUGUCACAAGUGAAGGUUGAGCUCGAGCAUCUUGAAACUCAGAUCAAUAAGUUGCUUGAAAGACAGCAACUUUUGAUAGAAAGGAAAGAUGAGAUUGAAAAAGGUAUAAAAACAGUUCAUACGAAAGAAAGUGGCGAAGAAAGGAGCAUUGAUUGGGGAAGUAGAUCAUUCUCCUGGACUGAGAAUGCAGAGAAGUGCCUAAAAGAAACCUUUAAGUUGGCAAAGUUUCGUGCAUUGCAACGGGAUGCAAUAAAUGCCACUAUGUCAGGGGUUGACUGCAUUGUUCUUAUGCCAACAGGGGCUGGAAAGAGCUUAUGUUUUCAGCUUCCAGCUGUGUUAUCGAAAGGUCUUACGCUGGUUGUAUCUCCUCUUAUUUCUUUGAUUGAGGAUCAGCUAAUAAGUUUGUCAGAUCUGAAUAUAGAAGCAGCUCUAUUGAAUGCAAGCAGCACCAAAGAACAAACGAAAUAUGUCCAUGAUUUAAUGAUUAGUAAAGGCCCCAUGCCGCUGAAACUACUGUAUGUUACACCAGAAAAGAUUGCAAAAAGUAAAAGAUUUUUGGCCAAGCUAGAAAAGUGCUACAAUGUUGGAAACAUUUCAAGGAUAGUAAUUGAUGAGGUUCAUUGCUUGAGUCAAUGGGGUCAUGACUUUAGACCAGACUACAAAAUUCUUGGAAUUCUGAAGAAGCAAUUUCCAAGUUUACCUGUCAUUGGACUGACAGCAACAGCAACAGGAAAGGUUAUUGAUGAUGUAAUGAAGAUGUUAUCUUUGAACGAAGGUUGCGUUGUUCUAAGAACAUCUUUCAACAGACCAAAUCUUUUUUAUGAGGUGAGGCCAUCACCGACAUCUGAGAAAGAUCAAAUUUGCUAUAUUGCUUCAACUAUUCAAUCCGAAUUCAAAAACGAGUCAGGUAUUGUAUACUGCUAUUCAAGAAGAGAGGUGGAUACAUUGACGAUGGAGCUAAGGAAAUAUGGAAUCAGAGCUGCCUGCUAUCAUUCUGACCUUGACUUCAAAGUUAAAUCUAAAAAUCAUAGGGACUGGAUUUCAAAAAAGGUUCAGGUGAUAGUUGCGACAAUAGCAUUUGGAAUGGGUAUUGACAAGCCUGAUGUAAGGUUUGUCAUUCACAAUUCCAUAAGCAAAUCAAUACAGAACUACUACCAAGAGAGUGGACGAGCUGGUCGUGACAGCAAACUGUCACAUUGUAUUCUCUUCUACAAGUUCUCGGACGUAUUUCGGCAAAUUUCAUCAGUAUUCAUGGAACAGACUGGAACAGAAAACCUCCAUGCCAUGAUUAAAUACUGUAUCGCCUUGAAAUGCUGUAGAAGAACAUCACUUGGAAAGCAUUUUGGAGAGGCCUGGGGCAAAGACAUUUGUAAACAGAUGUGUGACAACUGCAUGACUUCUGCUAAUGGAUACAUCAGCAAAGACAUAACAAAAUAUGCUGCUGAUUUGACUGCCAUUUUGCAAAAUGCAGCCAAGCGAAAAGAACGUUUGACGCCAAAUAAACUACUGGAUGCUUGGUUAAAACAAGGACCAGUGCCUCUAAGGGUGCCUGAGCUGCGACGGCCAGAUAUGAGCAGAGAGGACUGUGAACGAGUCAUCGUUAAGUUCGUUUUAGAUGAAGUCCUUAAAGAAGACAUUCAUUUCACUCCAUAUAAUAACAUCUGCUAUUUAGUUGAAGGACCAAGAAAUAGUUUAGCGACCCGCGGCAAGAUAGCUCUAAGUCUAGACUUCAAAUGUGAAGCUACUGAUACAGGAAGUGGACAUCCUGAGAUGCCCGAGACAUUUGCAGGCCCAAAGUCUGCGAUUGCAACUGGCGCAGACACUGCGAUGAAUAAAACUGGCAAUAAGGGGACCAAACGAAAACACAGCGUCGGUUCACAAGCAAUGGUUACAAAACCAAAAGUCGAACAAAUAGAAAUAGAUUAGAUGUAGAUAAUCAUUGAAAGUAACACAGUUAUUUAUUCA